AUGUUGUCCAGAGAAGAAUUUGACAAAGCUGCUGAGUCACUUGUGAUUGCUUCAAAAGAAGAUUGGACCCUUGUAGGGCAGCCAAAGAAGUCUAGUAUAAUACUACCAAAUGGUGAUGAGGUUAAUGAGGCUCAAGAGGAAGAUGAGGUUAAUGAGGAAGAUGAGGCUUGCGGGAAAUUGGGACUAUCCCAGAAAGUGUUGACAAUGGAGCACCAUGUUGUGUAUUCAGCUACAUACUGUGUACCUGUGCUGUAUUUUAUGGGAUAUCAUGCAGAUGGAGUUCCAUUAAGCUUUGAAGAGGUCUACGAUUGGGUGGUUCCGAAGUGUUACCACAGUAACCUUCGAUUGGCACACACUAGUGUACAAGGAUCUUUGUCGCAGACCGAUCAUCCUCAUCUUGGAAUGCCUGCUUGGUUUCUCCACCCUUGCGAUACUUCUUCUUUGAUGGCUACUGUGGGUGCAGAAAAGCUUCAACCCACCGGGUAUCUUAUUUCUUGGUUGUCUAUAAUGGGCCCUGUGUUGAGCUGCAGUGUAUCGACCGACCUUUUGCUCAAUAGCGUAACCUUAAAAGCCUAUUAA